GCCUUUAAGACUUUCUCCCGCGCUGGAAUACGAACCCGGUAGUAGGCCACAAAGGAGCACGGAUAUUUGGCGCCAAAUGCAAGCAAACUCACAAAGCGGCGUGGAGGCAGCGGACGUCACACCGAGCACCGCAUAAUCUUCUUUCCAAGCAGAUAUCCACACAGUGAACAUGGAGGAAGCCAACAAGCUAAUCGGCGCGGGUAAGAAGCACCUGGUGAUGGGGAAGGUGGUGGAGGCGGUGAGCACACUGCAGGAGGCCUGCGGCAUGUUAGCUAAGAAAUAUGGAGACACAGCAGAUGAGUGUGCAGAGGCAUUCUUCUGGUGUGGCAAAGCACUGUUGGAUAUGGCAAGGAUGGAGAACUCGGUACUCGGUAAUGCUUUGGAAGGAGUUCCGGAGGACGAAGACGAGGAGAAACCCAAAGACUCCAACGUUGAGGGCACAGAAAAUGUUGACGAAAAGACCAGGGAUGAGCUGAGGGUUCAGGUGUAUGAAGCCAUGGCAGAGAAGCCUGAAGAUGCACAGAAAAACGAGGGACGUGAGGUCGGCAAGAAAGAAGCAGCAGAAAAGACGGAAGAAGAGCUGUCGGACAAAGAGGUGGAAGAACCACCAGCAGAUGAGGUACAACCAGAAGACCAAAAAGUAGCUGAGAAGGUAGAAGAAUCUGCCCAAAAAGAGGCACAACCAGAGGAUAAAACGGCAGCAGACAAGACUGAAGGACCAUCAGACAAGGAGGCACAACUAGAAGACAAAAUGACAACAAACAAGACUGAAGGACCAUCAGACAAGGAGGCACAACCAGAAGACAAAAUGACAACAGACAAGACUGAAAAACCAGAAGACACAGAGGCAGCAGACAAAGUAGAAGAAACGCCAACUGACAAGGAAGAACCAGAAGACAAGAAAGUGGAUGAGGAUGCAGCAGACAAGAACGUGGAAGAACAGCCAUCAGACAAGAUGGAAGAAGAACCAGCUGAGGAGGAAGAAGACGCUGAAGAUGGUGAUGAAGCCGAUACAGAAGAGCAAGGUGAAGAGAACAAUGCCGGAGAAAAGGAAAGUGACGAUGAGGACGAGGUUGGGAACCUUCAACUAGCCUGGGAGAUGCUGGAGGUGGCGAAGGUCAUCUACAAGAGAAAAGAGGCAAAGGAGGACCAGCUGAUGGCAGCACAGACUCACUUAAAGCUGGGUGAAGUUUCUGCAGAGACGGGUAACUACACCCAAGCUCUGGAAGACUUCCAGGAGUGUCUGAAGCUGCAGUUGAAGCACUUGGACCCGGAUAGCCGACUGCUCGCCGAGACUCACUACCAGCUGGGUUUGACCUUCAGUUUGAACAUGCAGUACCAAGAAGCCAUCGUAGAGCUCAAUAGCUCCAUCUCCGUCAUCAAGAGCAGGCUGGAGAAACUAACAGAGCUGAUCCAGAAUGCUGCUGGCCCAGAGGAGCUCGCCGAGGAGAGAAAGGAGAUGGAGGAGCUGAAGGCUCUGCUGCCAGAGAUCCAGGAGAAGGUGGAGGACGCCACCGAGGGCCUGAAAACGGGGAGAGCUGAUGCCGAGGCUGUGAAGGGUGUGCUGGGUGGUGCCUCCACUUCUGCAUUCCCUGCUUCCACUGGAGAGCAUGGCAGCACUUGUGGCACCUCGGAAUCCAACGGCACAUCAACCGCCAAAGUCACAAGCACCAACGGAGCCGCCGCCGCUGCCAACACUCCCGUCUCCGACAUCAGCCACCUGGUCAGGAAGAAGAGGAAGCCGGAGGAGAGUCCUGUGAAGGAAGGUGUCAAGAAGGUGAAGCAGGACAACGCACAGGAGACAGACGGUAACGGUGUGAACAAAACCAACGGUGACUCUAAUGGACACACAAACAGUAUGGAGGUGGAGAGUCAGUGAAGGUGGCUUCCACUCGACAAAGGGAUAUCCUGCCAAGAUGUUGUACACUUGUUCAUGCGUUGUUUUGUACAUCUUUGAAGUGUGUUGAAAGAAUGCCAAUGUUGUGGAAAAUGUUUUAUUGCACCUGUUUGACAGCUUUUGCUGCUUUUGGAAUAUGCAGUUAUGUUGGUAUUGUUCCGUCCCCCCCAUGAUUGCACAGUCUGUUUCUCUAAUUGUUAAUGUAAAUUAAAGUUUGACUUAGUAAAGACCUUGAAUGUUA